UUAACUUUUAAUUUGGACCCUUAGAUGUAAAAAGAUCCAAGAGCUAAUAAGGAGAGAGAAACUGAUGCAUGAAAACGAGGGCGCCAACGAACACAACCAUGUACGAAUUUAGCAGUUGCUAGAUAUAGUUAUGCCACCUAUCAAAAUAUCAAUCAAAUCCAAAUCCCAGGACAAAUCAUACCCCUAAAGCCCCUUCUUUCUCCCUCAAACCCCAUAACCCAUUUCCUUUUUUUCUAUAUCCUCUGCGGAUUUGGUUUCUAAUUCGAAGAACGAUUUGAAUUAGAAAUCAAAGAUUUUGGGGGCCGAGAAAGAAUGGUAGGGCAAUCAGGAAAAUGGAUGAUACUUGUGGCGGCAACGUGGAUACAGGCAUUCACAGGGACAAACUUUGAUUUCGCAUCGUAUUCUUCUGAACUGAAAUCUGUGCUGGGGAUUUCUCAGGUGCAGCUCAACUAUCUAUCGGUGGCCUCGGAUAUGGGGAAGGCAUUGGGUUGGUGUUCUGGGGUUUCUCUCAUGUAUUUUCCCUUGUGGAUUGUUAUGUUCAUGGCUGCCUUCAUGGGUUUGGUUGGUUAUGGCCUCCAAUGGUUUGUCAUUCGAGGAAUCAUCUCUCUGCCCUAUGUCAUGGUAUUCCUUCUAUGCUUGUUGGCUGGAUCCGGCAUCUGCUGGUUCAACACAGUCUGCUAUGUUCUAUGCAUCAGACACUUCCAAGCCAACCGCGCACUCGCGUUGUCCCUUUCAAUCAGUUACAAUGGGAUAAGUGCAGCCCUCUACACCCUCAUUGCCAAUGCAAUAAACCCUAACAGUGAUACCAUCUACCUCCUCCUUAAUGCUGUAGUUCCUCUCUUCCCAUCCGUCGUUAUAUUCAUCCCUGUGCUCCGUCAGCCCCCAGUUCAGCCCCUUCCCGCUGAGGCCACUCGCCGUGACUCCAUGAUUUUUCUUUGCCUAUACAUCCUAGCUGUGGUCACAGGCCUAUAUCUCCUCCUCCUCAACUCACUAUCAUCUGAUGCGUCAAAAGCUCGGAUACUCUUAGUUGGUGCGAUUUGUCUCCUAAUCCUACCUCUGUCUCUGCCUGGAAUGGCAUAUGCGCGUGAGUGGGCUCGUAGGAACUCCCCCUCAAGCUUCCUUUCUGAAAUCUCGUCAACCUUCAAUCUGGUUGACACUGAUGAUCUUGAGCUCCAUAAGGAACUCAUUGCUGGAAGUGAAAAUGAUAAUGCCACGAAUGCCACAAAUCCCACCAACACCAGUUCGUAUGGGCUGAUACACAGGGAAGGCUUUUUUGGGUGUUUCGCUUGUUUUGGGAAGGUGAUGGGAAAAGACAGGUUGACAGUGCUAGGUGAAGAGCACUCAGCUAGGCUGCUCGUACGCCGGUGGGAUUUUUGGCUAUACUAUGCUGCAUACUUAUGUGGGGCAACUAUUGGGUUGGUCUACAGCAACAAUCUAGGCCAGAUUUCAGAAUCACUUGGAUACAGUUCCCUGACUAGUUCUCUUGUCACAGUAUAUUCUUCAUGCUCCUUCUUCGGCCGUUUGCUCUCAGCUGCACCAGAUUUCCUGCGUGACAAGGUCUAUUUUGCAAGGACUGGAUGGCUAGUGGUUGCUCUGGUGCCAACACCAAUUGCCUUCUUUCUGCUGGCCGCAUCAGGCAGUGAGGCAAUGCUGCGUACCGGAACAGGCUUAAUCGGGAUAAGCUCUGGCUUUGUGUUUUCUGCAGCUGUGUCAGUCACAUCAGAGCUUUUCGGCCCAAACAGCGCCGGUGUAAACCACAACAUCCUCAUCACCAACAUCCCAAUUGGCUCACUCCUAUAUGGCCUUCUUGCAGCUUUGGUAUAUGAUUCCAAUGAAGGAAGCUCAACCACCCCAGUGAGCUUGUUAAGGGAUGCAACAUUGUGCAUGGGAAGGUCAUGCUAUAGGCAGACAUUCAUAUGGUGGGGCUGUAUUUCAAUAGUAGGUUUAACUUCAAGCUUCUUGCUAUUCCUACGGACAAGGACCGCUUAUAAUCGGUUUGAGAGGAACAGAAAUCAGACACAAGUCACAGAAUCCUCCUUACAAACCUCCUCUUAGCUUGGAAUUUUCAUAUUUUUAUAAAUGGUGACUUUUGGAAAAGCUCAUAGAUGUGUGGGCUUUCAUAUAAUGGUAACUUCGGGAAAAGCUUAUAGAAGUGUGGGAUUUCAAAUGAAACAUAGACAUAAGCGAUGAGUAUAUGCAUGUUAGACUGAGAAGAUUAAGAGAUUACAUGUAACAUAGUCGAAGGUAAGAAGUCAGAAAGAGAAUGUUAGAAAUUUUUUAGAUGAGUUCUAACCAUCUUUCACC